AUGGUAGAAGACAACGAUGACACUUACAUUGGUUCUUCUGUUUCGGGGACCAAGCGCUCCUCGGAAGCCGUAGGUCAAUGGGGAGAAUCUAGCGUUGACUCGACUACGACAGUUCUAUAUCCCCAUAAGAAAACACGACCGACUCACGGACCGGGCGUACCAGGGACCGUCUCAAAUCAACAUAUUUAUGCUAAUAGUGUAGAUAACAACAUCGGUGCGGAAAUCUACGGGAUUAAUGGCUUCGGGGAUGAAAGGCAGAUACAACUGGAAAUCGAGACUCGAGACAGUACCUUUUCCACAACAUGCUCCACCGUACCUUGCGAUGUUACCAAAGGUGAUCUUGUCGUGAUUGGGAAAAGCCUCGAGGUAGCCUCGUAUGACACUUGCUUUGGAAUGGUUAUCCUUGAAGGUUUCCAACUUAAGGAUAAAUUUAUCACGGGGAAAGAAUCAAAAGACGUGAAACUUGAAGUAAGCGGUACUAUGGUAAUAGUUCGAGACGAGAAUUCGAACUCGUAUGGAGGGCUUCUCGAUCAGAUAUCGGCCCAAAUCUUGGUUAACCUGGUGAAGAGUUACGAUGUGAAACUCAAAGCAUCAUUGAAAACCUCCAAAACCAUCGAGGUACUUAUAUACGGGCAAUUUGAACAAGGUGACGCAAUCGGGAAUAUGCUCCUAGAGCAGGAUUGCUUCCUUCAACAACCGGAUUCGUAUGAUAUCUUUCGACCAUACCAUAAUCCCCAAUGCUUUUCGUACUCCAAGAAAGAAGAUAAUCAUUUUCAAGGAGACCCCGAAACGUCCCCAUCGCGAUAUACCAUUCUGGACAAAAGCGACAAAAGUAAAGCCACCGAGUUGCUAGACUGCGCGACUGGGCCCACCAACUUCAGGAGGGUACAAACCUCAAGGGUUAUUACUACAGAACUAAAGCCGUAUCAAAGUAAAGCGCUCGCUAUGAUGAUGGAGAAGGAGUCGGGAGAUAUUCGUAAUGCGGAGUUCCCUUCUGUUUGGGUUGAAAAGACUGAUGCGACGUCUUCUUCCUUUAGAUUCUAUAAUACGGUGACUCAAAGACACGCUACCGGAGAGCCGAAGCUCUGCCUUGGCGGUCUUCUUGCAGAUGAAAUGGGGCUCGGAAAAACGCUUACGACCCUAGCCCUCAUCGCAACAUCUCUAAAUAAUGAAAACAGGAAUGACCAUUGUCAGGGGCCCUGUAUAAAUCUGAUAGUUUGCCCCGUGUCAACUAUUACUUGUUGGCAAGGCCAGAUAGAAAGACAUUUUAAGAAAGGGUCCCUAAGCUAUAGCAUCUAUCAUGGGUCGUCGAGAGACAAGGUUGCCGCAACUCUCAAAAGAGUCGAUAUCGUCUUUACGACAUAUGAGACUCUCAGGGCCGAAUUGCCAGGUGGAAAUGCCUCGAUUGGGCGGUCUGGGCUUCUCUAUGGCAUUGACUGGCAUCGUGUUGUUCUCGAUGAGGCACAUAUCGUGAGAAACCGUGCUUCAAAGAUAUUUCAGGCGGUGAGGAUGCUCAAAGCCAAACAUCGUUGGUGUUUGACGGGCACGCCUAUCCAGAAUCGCUUAGAGGACCUAGGUGCUCUUGUCGAAUUUCUAAGGGUCGAUCCGUUCAAUGAUCCCGAUAUAUUUAAACACACAUUCUUGGCCCCGAUCUAUAAAGAACAACAAGGUGGAUGGGGGCGACUUAGGUCACUAAUAAAAUCAAUCGCCCUCCGCCGAACGAAAGCAGCAGUUUACACCGAUCUUAGUCUCCCUCCACGGAGAGAUCUCAUCCAUUAUGUUCACUUGAAUGAUGAAGAGCAAACACUCUACAACUUGGUCAAAAGGGGGUUCGCGCUAGCCAUUGAGUCAGGAGGAGCAAUCAUGAAUACAUUUCAAUUUAUUCUCCGGCUUCGGCAGAUUUGUAACCACGGUAGCGACUUGCUUCCUGGAGAUCUGCAAGAUUGGCUUAAAGAUGCUACCUAUCCUCAAUCUCAGGGGUGCGAAAUUUGUGGCAAGAUUUUUGACCAUGAAGACGAAUCGUCUUAUCAUGUAUUUUCAUGUUUCCAUCAGGUAUGUCAGGUAUGCCACCAAAGCAGCAGUGUCUACGAUGAUAGUAGUUAUUUCACCUGCCCUCUGUGCAAUGACACUACCAUAGAGGGAGAUGAUAACAUAAGAUCGGCGAAAGGCUCUAAAAUUCAACCACCGAGAUAUCACCCUUCAUCAAAAGUGAAGGCUCUGCUGCAAAACCUGCAAAACGAUCAUACAGUAGCAAUUGCAUCUAACCAGCGACCAGCGAAGAGCAUCAUAUUCUCGACAUGGACAGGCAUGUUGGAUCUUAUUGGCAGAGCGCUAUCGUUGAACUCUUUUACGUACCAAAGGCUUGAUGGCAGUAAGAGUCUGGCGCAGAGACGCUAUGCACUUGAAGAGUUCCGCACCAAUCAGAAGUGCACUAUAUUGCUCGCUUCACUGGGAAGUGCUGCGGUCGGACUUGAUCUAACUAUGGCUAUCCGCGUGCACAUAAUGGAACCUGGAUGGAAUCCCUUGAUAGAACAGCAAGCCAUGGACCGCGUCUAUCGUUUAGGACAAGAGAACGAAGUUAUAACCACGCGCUAUAUUGUGUCUGGCUCGGAUUCGGUCGAACAGUAUAUUCUACAAAGGCAGUCAUGGAAGACGAAUCUCAUUGCCUCUUCCCUAGACGAUUCUGCGGCUAACCGGGACGAGGCGAGAACCAUACUACAGGUCAGUUAUGGAAAAAUAUAG